GCCCCAGGGGCUCGGCGAACGGCUCCUGCGUCGAGGUCGGGUGUCUGCGUUCCCGUGCCCCUUGUUGAUGCAAAGCCCACGCGCAUCCCCUUUCUCCCACCCUGCUGCGACCAUGUUUGUUCCCUGCGGGGAGUCGGUCCCCGACCUCGCGGGCUUCACCCUCCUCAUGCCAGCAGUCUCCGUUGGAAAUGUUGGCCAGCUUGCAAUAGAUCUGAUUAUUUCUACAUUGAAUAUGUCUAAGAUUGGUUACUUCUAUACUGAUUGUCUCGUACCAAUGGUUGGCAACAACCCAUAUGCGACCGCAGAAGAAAAUUCUACAGAACUUAGUAUAAACACUGAAGUAUAUUCAUUACCUUCAAAAAAGCUAGUGGCUCUUCAGUUAAGAUCUAUUUUUAUUAAGCACAAAUCAAAGUCAUUCUGUGAAAAACUACUUUCCUGGGUGAAAAGUAGUUGCUUAGCAGGAGUUAUAGUUCUUUCAAGCAGUCAUUCAUAUCACCGUAAUGAUCUACAGCUUCGUAGUUCUCCCUUCCGGUACCUACUUACACCUUCCAUGCAAAAGUGUGCUCAAAAUAAAAUAAACAGCCUUAAUUGGGAAGAAAUGGAGAAAAGUCGCUGCAUUCCAGAAAUAGAUGAUUCUGAGUUUUGUAUCCGUAUUCCAGGAGGAGGUAUCACAAAAGCUCUCUAUGAUGAAAGCUCUUCUAAAGAUAUCCCACUGGCAGUUCUGUUGAAAUUUGUUUCAGAAGGAGACAAUAUCCCAGAUGCGUUAGGUCUUGUGGAGUAUCUGAAUGAAUGGCUUCAGAUAAUCAAACCACAUUUACAGAGUGAUGACCCCACGGCAUCUUCCUUGCAGUGGAAAAUACCAAGUUCUUGGAGAUUACUCUUUGGCAGUGGUCUCCCCCCUGCACUUUUUUGAUGUAUUUUCAGUUUUAUACCUUGUAUCCCAAGACACUUAUUACCAGCACAAAAGUUAAACAUUCUGGACAGAAAUGUGUAUAAUGUAUUAGGAAGUAAAUUCUACUUUUCACAGAAAAUCUCAAUAAAAGGAUUAAUGCACCAUCGUUUUGCCCCCAUGCUUUUAUCAUAUUUAGCAAAUACAAAUUUUGUACAAUAAAAUGUUAUUUCCCAAGUAA